AUCUCAGUUCUAGAGUCCACUUUUUUUAACUGUGGGUCCACGCUCACCUAUUUAACUUGAGACAUUUGGUCCCACACCUGACAGCACAAUGUCUGAUAAAGGAGCCUUCGAUACCAACGUGCUGACCCUUACCAGGUUUGUCCUGGAGGAGGGCAGGAAGGCCCAGGGGACAGGUGAGCUGACUAACCUGCUCAACUCCAUCUGCACAGCUGUCAAAGCCAUUUCAACGGCUGUCAGGAAGGCUGGGAUCGCUAACCUAUAUGGCAUUGCUGGAACCACCAACGUGACAGGGGACCAGGUGAAGAAACUGGACAUCCUGUCCAAUGACCUGGUAAUCAACAUGAUCAAGUCCUCAUUCACCUCCUGUGUGCUGGUGUCAGAGGAAGAUGAGAAGGCCAUCAUUGUAGAUCCAGACAAUCAGGGAAAAUACAUUGUGUGCUUCGACCCACUGGAUGGUUCCUCAAACAUUGACUGUCUUGUCUCAAUAGGAACAAUUUUCGGCAUCUACAAAAAGACCACUGACGGUGAGCCGUGUGAGAAGGAUGCUCUGCAGCCUGGAAGAAACCUCGUGGCAGCUGGUUAUGCUCUGUACGGCAGCGCCACCAUGAUGGUCCUCUCCACCGGACAGGGAGUCAACUGCUUCAUGCUUGACCCGUCAAUUGGUGAGUUCAUCCUGGUGGAUCGGGAUGUGAAGAUUAAGAAAAAGGGAAAAAUCUACAGUUUGAAUGAGGGAUAUGCUCAGCAUUUUUACCCAGAUGUGAAAGAGUACCUACAAAAGAAGAAAUUCCCAGAGGAUGGUUCUUCUCCAUAUGGCAGUCGAUAUGUUGGUUCAAUGGUAGCUGAUGUUCAUCGUACUUUAGUGUAUGGAGGGAUCUUUUUAUAUCCCGCUAAUACCAAGAGUCCAAAGGGCAAGCUGAGGCUGUUGUAUGAGUGCAACCCCAUGGCCUACAUCAUGGAGCAGGCAGGAGGCAUGGCCACCACAGGAUCCAUGAAUGUUCUGGACAUCCAGCCCACCAGCAUCCAUGAGCGAGUUCCUGUGGUCCUGGGAUCCCCUGAUGAUGUGAAGGAGUAUCUUUCCAUCUGUAAGAAGCAUUACAAAUGAGACUACAAUCACAAUCAAGCGGAUAUUCAUUGUAAGGUGCUUUCUACUCGUUUCCUCACUGCACCUGACUAGGCCUGCUGAGCCUUCCUCACACUAUGCUUGUUCCAUCUUGUAAGUGUUAUUUGGAGCCAGACCCUGUAUUUUUUAAAUAAAGGCAUUGAAAAGAU